UUUAAAUAUAAAUGUAAUAAAACUAUUACUUAUAGUUUACUUAUAACAACCGAAUUUAUUUUAAGCAUACGUUGGUACAUAAUGAGACUUAAAUGCAAAUGAGACGCCAUAAUGAGACGCCUAAUGUAAAUGCAAUCAGUUUUAAAUAUCAAAAUCAAUAUGUUUGGGUUCACUUCUGAAAAUCAAAGACUUUGCUGGGCGUGUAAAGUAAACCCAUGUGAAAUGGACAUUCACGUUCAACAUAAACUGAAUAUGGCGGUGAAGCAAUUGGUCAAUACUGAAGAAAUCAAGCAAGUUUGUCCUAAGAAGCUAUGUCGUUCUUGUGCUUUGUUGAGCAUCGAAUCCGCUCAUUUUAGUAGUUUUAUAAAACAUGCAUACGACAACCUUGGAGAUAAUAUGGAAAUAUUAUAUACAGGAAGUCCCGAUAGCUCUGAGAUGAAUACAGAAAAUAAUAGUGAGGUGGGAAAGAUUAUACGUACUGACGAUGGAAGAAUUAAAUGUAAUUUUUGUGACAGUACAUUUACCCAAAUAAGCUCUUUUAAACAACAUGUGAUGAGCCACUCCGGACUGAAACCUUUCGUUUGUGAAUAUUGUAACAAAGGGUUUGGACGUCGUACUGUAUUGAAUAACCAUAUGCGCUUACACACUGGUCAAAAACCGUAUCAAUGCCAUAUGUGUGUCUUAGCGUUUACAACUAAAGACAGAAUGGAUACGCAUGUGAAACGUGAUCAUGUUGAGAAUAAAAAAAGUUCGCGAACCUACUCGUGCAGAAUUUGCAAACAGAAGUUUGAUACUUAUUAUGACAAAACCCUUCAUCAGCAAAUGAAAGAUUCACCCUGUUUUGAGAAAAUUAAGUCCAAAUACGUUAACGAUAACCCAGACGGAUUGAAAACUGCUGCUUCCGUAUCAUCUUUUAUUUGCUUAACUUGUCAUAAAAAGUUCUCGACAUCAAAGGAAUUAUUAAAUCAUCAGAAAGGACAUGACGCUCCAACGGUUGAAUGUAAAGAUUGUAAAAUACUUUUCACCAGUGUAACUGAACUGUUAUACCAUGAAACAAAAGCACACAAUCGGGUAGGCAACGCUAGCAUAGAGGUGAUCAAUAAUCAAAUAUUAUCUGUUCAUGAAAUGACGCAACCUGCAGGCGAAAACAACAGCGAACUUCAAUGCUGCAAGCGUCAAAAAUUGGACAAUACCGAUGAAAUAAACCCAGCUGCUAUGUUUCUUGCGAAUUGUAGGACUCGUGCUCGUAAAGAAAAGGGCUCAGAUGAACACAAAUGCCUAAUAUGUAAGGCUGUAUUUACAGCAGGACCGUCAUUAAAAAUACAUUUGCGUUCACACACUAACGAAAAACCAUUUCAUUGCAAAUAUUGUUUCAAGCAAUUCAGUCGGAAUAGUGUUCUUAAAGUGCAUCUAAAACGACACACAAAAAUAAAAGCGCAUAAAUGUUCUCAAUGCGAUAUGGCUUUCGAUUUUAAGCACACAUUAGAAACACAUAUCGAGCGUUCCCAUAAACAUACCAACGUGAUUGAGCUUGUACUCUAUUGCUCUCAUUGUCCGGAAGUGUUUUCCGAUGAUUUCCAAUUGCAGGAACAUAUGUCAGUAGAACAUGAAAGCAUCAAUGUUAAUUAUAAAUGUGAAGUUUGUGAAAAUGAGUUCGAUGACUUCAUGAAAUAUAAGAACCAUGUGGUGACACAUAAUUUACAAGAGCAUAUCUCAGCAGAACAUGGAACCUCCAAUGAUUCAAAUGAUUUACAAUCUGCUGAAUAUCUCUCAGAGGAAAACGAAAGCUCUAUUGAAUCACAAUCUGACAUCGGUACGAUGUCAAAUGUGGAAGAAGUUAUAGAUGAAAAUCAUUUGAAGGAUCGAAAUGUGAAAAAAAGUUGCAAAACUUGUAAAAGUUUGCGUAACAAAAAAACCGAACUUCACAUACACAUUAAAAAAAAGCAUGUGUGUACUGCUAACAAAAGUUUCAGAUGCCAUUUCUGUAAUGAAUUGUUUUACGACGUUAUUUUAUUCGAUGAACACUUGGCUAAUGUUCAUGAUGACAAAACAUAUGAGAACCAGUGUCCUGAGUGUUCUAAAUUAUUCAAGAAUAACUUUUCAUAUAGGAGACAUAUAUAUAAAGUACACGAUGCAGUCCGUUUAAUCUGCUGCGAGCGCAACUGUGGGAAAGUUUUUGAAUCUCUCAAGGCUUUUGAUAUACAUGUUGUUAACCAUUUCUUAUAAAUUUAAUACGCAUCAUUAGUGCAUAAGCAUACGAAACAUAUCACUUUCAUAUUCACUUUCAUAUGAACGUUUUUCAUUCUCAAAAAUCCUUUAAAAUACGUGUGAACCAUUUUCAUAAAUAACUUUCAUAUACACUUUACUAAUGCUGCAUAUUUCUGUUAGUUCACAAGUUACAAUAUUACUUUCAUAAACACUGCUUAUGCUGCAUAUUUCUGUUAGUUAGUAAGUUACAAUGUUUAUGACAAAUAGUAAAUUUUAUAAUUAUAUAAUGUGUAUUGUGAGCUCUUUCAGCUGAAUAUAUACUGCAAAUAAUUAUA